GAACAGAGCGGACUGUGGAGGAUCAGAACCAGCCAGGAACUCAGGUCCUGAUGGACGUUUACAACCAGGUCCUGAGGACAAGGCUGAAGACUCUUCUGAGACUGAAGUCAGUGAGGAUGAUUGGAUGGAGACCAGGGAAACUCAGACUGGUUUAAAUACAAGAAAUAACAAACAGCCUCAAAGUGAUUUGGGAUGUAAGACAGAAAAAAAACCUUUUAGUUGCUCUGAGUGUGGUAAAAGAUUUAAACAUAGGGGCCAUCUAAAUAAACAUAUGAGGAUUCAUACAGGAGAGAAACCCUUUAGUUGCUCUGAGUGUGGUAAAAGAUUUAAACAUAAGGGCAUUCUAAAUAAACAUAUGAGGAUUCAUACAGGACAGAAACCGUUUAGUUGCUCUGAGUGUGGUAACAGAUUUAACCAAAGAUCAAAUUUAAAUAGACAUAUGACGACCCAUACAGGAGAGAAACCGUUUAGUUGCUCUGAGUGUGGUAAUAGAUUUACCGAAAGGGGCAAUCUAAAUUCACAUAUGAAGAUUCAUACAGGAGAGAAACCGUUUAGUUGCUCUGAGUGUGGUAAAAGAUAUAGCAGAAGGGGCAGUCUAAAUAGACAUAUGAAGAUUCAUACAGGAGAGAAACUGUUUAGUUGCUCUGAGUGUGGUAAAAAAUUUACCUUCAGCAGCAAUCUAAAAUCACAUAUGAAGAUUCAUACAGGAGAGAGACCGUGCAGUUGCUCUGAGUGUGGUAAAAGAUUUAAGCGAAGGAGCGAUCUAAAUAAACAUGUGAGGAUUCAUACAAGAGAAAAACUGUUUAGUUCCUCUGAGUGUGGUUAAAGAGUUAAAGGAGACAUAUUAUGCCCAUUUUACUGCAGUUGAUAUGGUUCAUUGGGGUCUUAAUGAAAUGUCUGUAACAUAUUUUGGUCAAAUUACCACAAGGAUCAUUUAAAACAGCACCCUUUUUACCCUGUCUAAAACAGCCCUCCUCAGAUUGACCUGUUUUGAGUGCCCCGCCCCCCUCUCACCCCCCUCACCCCUCCUCCCUCCUUCACGAGAUACAAGCAUCAAGAUUUUUAGCUAUCCAUUACCUCUGUAGAAAUAUGGCUACUGGAGAGGACGAUACAAUCUUGCAACCUUAUCGUUUUGAACCAGAGUCAGGUGGGACGGUUUUUGGGACGGUACACAUGCUAGAGCCCCAAAUUAACGUGUAGAAGCACUACAAAAGUGGAAUUUUCAUACUAUGACCCCUUUAAGAUUCAGUCCUAUUGUUCGAGACGUGAGGAUUAAUAAAGGAGAGAAGUGAUUCAGUUGCAACUUUUGCAACAAAAGAUUUAUUAGGAUAUAUCAGCAGAUAUUCAUAUUAUACAUAUUCAUAGUUCACUGUUUUAAGUAGACUAUUAACAGUUUUAUGUCCCUUGAAAAUAUAACUCAUUGAAUAACACGAAAGCU